CCCGACAAGAGAGAAUAAACGUCACCUGCCACCAACCUUGAUGAUGAAGGCUUUUAUUUUCUAUAUCAAUUGUUGUCUACUAAGCAUCGACAGUUUAUUUUGACGAUGUUAUUAUUCUAUACCUCCGGCACCUCUCAACUCCUUGGUUCAAAAUUCGUUGCAUCCCUGUUCAACGAAGUUGUUUAUGAUCAACUGCGUUGUAAAUAACCUCGUCACCUACACUACCUUAGAGAUUAUUGUUCGCGUGCACGUAGCAAUCUUACCUGAACAUAAAUAUGCAUAUGCCUUGUAUUCCCUUAGGUAGGUAGGUAUUAAGGCAUAAAUAUAAUGUCGUCUCACCUAUUUUUUGCAGGUUAUUUCGGAGACAUCGAAGUGGUCUUUUGUUCACCAGUUCUAAAGAAAAGGAUAAAAACGUAUUUACCGUAUCAAUAUUUUAAUCUUCAUCUCCGUAGAGACCUGUUUCUUUAUCAGCCAGAAUGCCGGCCCGCUUCCAGUGCAAACCCUUAGUGGCACCCGAGGCUAGCGAGUCUCAGGCCCAACUUGAUGCCCAGCCCAGCUGCCGACUCCUUGCUCAGAAGCCCGGUGGCCGCUUCACCUGGGCGCUCGGAGAUGGCUAUACAUUAAAGGAACGAAGAUACGAGCCAGGCUGUGAGGUAGAGGUUGCCAACAUUAGCUUUAUCAUGGGAGGAUUUGCAGGAAGGCUAGAUACACCUCAGGUCCCCGAAGUGGAACUGUCCUGGAGGGAUGGAGAUAAAUUCUUCAUCGUACAGCGCCAAGUCGAAGGCGAAUCGCUGGAGGAUGCACUACCAACACUGGGGCCUGAUGACAUCGCUCGCAUCGGCUAUCAGGUAGGUCAAUAUCUUCUUCAUCUCAAGAUCUUUAUUUCGCCAGUCAUGGCGAAGCGUGAUGGAAGGCCAGUCAACAACUUCCAUUUAUUAAAGCCUUUACCGGAUUCAUCAUCUGGGUCCUAUUCGGUCGGCACGUCGGAUAGCGAUCUCGCGUCUAUGUUAGGUCUUUCUAUUGCCGAUCGGCUCGACAAACCAACGUUCGACGCAUUUAUGGCCAAGAUGCCCUCCGGUCAGCCAUUUACCUUUAGCCAUUCUGACGUGCACGAGGGAAAUAUUAUGGUCAAGGACGGUAACUUCUUAGGGCUGGUCGACUAGGAGUUGGCGGGUUCCUAUCCAUCGUGGUGGGAAUACGUAAAUAGCUGCCCGUUGUUGAGUUCCUACUUCCCGGCCAAAAUCCAAGACCGCGAAGCGUUGGAAUGGUUUCGCGUCUACCACGCUAUCCGAGACGGGCCUGACGAGGAGGUCGAUAGGAAGGCAAUAGAUUACCUCGAAGGAAGGGCUUGGGUAGAAGCCGUAGCACACCUAGAAGGAACACAGUUUACCUAACUACAAAGGUAGGCUUCGUUGUGACUAAAUAUCGUCCUCCUUCUAGUAGAGCGAGUUGAUCUGGGUAAUACCAGGCACUCUUAAAGAAAAAGAAAGAGAGAAAAAAGAAAGGAGCAGUGGAUC